CUGUAUGAAAAACGCUCAAAAGUAUUUGCAUAUAAAGAAAUAAAAUUCGAUACUAAAAUGGCUGAAUAUAAAGUUCUGCUGGAAGACCAGACAGUAAGGUCAUUAGAAUUGACUAAGAAAGUCGAAGAUUUAACUAAGGAAUUGGCAGAAAAGGAAUCAACACUAACAGACUUAGGAAGUCAACUUGAAUCAUCCAAAGCAGAAGCAAGACAUUAUCAACAAGAAUUGUCAGUGAUAAAUAAGCUUUUUUCACAAACAUUAUUAGGAGCUAGCAAAAAAGAUGCAAUGGACAUCGAUCAACUUGCUGUUUUACUUGAGCAAAACCAUGACUUGCUCAGAGAUAUGGCUGUGAACGAAACGGAAGAGAUGAGCGCGAUGCCGCGCACACUUCUCGAUUUGAUAAACCAAGUACAAAAAAGUACGGAAAAUCGAACUGAAUCCUGUAGCGAUUCUGAAGUGUCACAAUCUAAUACCGAGAAUUUACCUGCAAAUGAUGAUGAGAGUUGCGCUGGUGACAAUACUGAUAUGUCUUCAGAAUCAUCUGAAUCUGAUACAUUGACAGUAAAUUCAGCUGAAGAGAUAGUUUCAAAACUCCAAACUGUAUGGAGAGUUCUAAGAGAAUUACUUAGUCACCAAAGUGAAUGUCCGAAGACUCAGGACGUUCCAGAAGUUGAACAAAAUGAUGGAAUGGUUCCAAAGAAUAGGGGCAGUGCUUGCUAUAAGUCUAUUCAAACUCCAACUGGCCCUAGAUUAGUGCUCAGCGUUAGCAAAACUUACAUUAGAUUGAAGGAUCUAAUAAUAGAGAAAAAGGCUUUGCAAAGAGAAUUGGCACGCCUAAAACAGUUGAAUAGCCAUUUAGAAGCUCGUUUCGGUUCUCAACAAAGGCGAUUAGGAAAUGUUUCAUCCGAACUCUCACAAACAUGGUGUUUGGCUGGACGAAUGCAAAAAUCUUACAAAACUCUGCACAGUCAUGAGCAAAUAUUGAGAUACGAACUUCAACAAAAACGCAAAAUGUUAAAUGAACUUAAGCAAGAACUACAAUUAUGCAGAGAAAAGUGGCAGCAAGCAAAAGAGAAAAAUUGUGAGAGUGAAGUUGAAUGGAAGCGUCUUAGAUCAGAAUUCGCCAGCAGAAAAAAAUUGGAUCUGGCUGAUGGUUGCGGAUCCGCUGAGAGCGGAUAUAGUGACGAACGCAGUGAUGAAAGCGAUUGCGAGACUAAAAAUUUAGCUAAUGAUUGUACUGAUAAUUUAGAUAAUGAUGUUGAACAUGUAGGUAGUUCGAAUGAUAUUGUAGAAGAAGAUGAGCACGUACUGAGUCACAAUAAUGAUGUAGUAGAAGACGAAAUUGUGAAUGUAAUAAAUUCGAUUGAAAUAGAAGAACUCUCUGGUAAUGACAUUAAUGAAAUAGACGGCGUGGAAGUAGAAGACGAGACUGAUAUUCAUAUUAACAAAGAAAACAGUUGUAAAUCUGAUUUUAACACAACGCAAAUUGGAGAUGGCUCAAAUAAUGUGACAGUCGUUGACAAUCCAGAUAAAGAAGGAGCAGAUAGCACACUUGAACUUGAAGCGCAAUCGUGUUCAAGUUCUGGAUCUUUUAAUAAAAUCUCUAAUAUUGAUAAUGAUGAAAAAUCUCAGAAUUUAGACAAAUUGAACACAUGCAAAGACGAUAAAGUUGAUGCGUGUUCAGAACCAUCUACAUCGUCGAGUUUUAAUGUUAGUUUAUUGAAUCAACCUGUAGCAUCUAAUUCUCAAACAAAUCCGACUACUACGAGACCAGAACAAACCGCUGCAGAGAAACUAUUAGCACGUGAUGAAAGACUAAGAAAAAUGGAAGAGCAAUGUAAACAGCUUGUGAACAAAGUAACUAAGACAUCUCACAGGAGCAAAGAACUAUGUUGUAGAUUGGAAGAACUACACGAGCAAUAUGGAAGAGAUGAUCAAACCCGAGGUGAAACAGAAUGCGAACCAGCUGUUACCAAAGAAAAAGAGCAUUCGGAAGACGAGGAAUAGGAUCAUAAAAUAUAGUUAGUCUACUAAUUUAAGAAAAUUAAAGAGUUAAAAUAUCAAUAACGGAAUAUUUUAAAGACAAACUAAAAAAUAUAUAAUAAUGGUCUCAUGGAGAAAAUACCAAAAAUGUAGUCUCUAGAUUACGUAAUAUGUUGUUAGCUAAGUUUAAAAUUGAUAUUGUGUUUGAGUUUCGAACAAGCAUGAAAAUUUUUAUUAUUAGAAAUCCCUACUGGUACGAAUUCCUUGUUUUGUCUCAUAGUCUUUCGUCGAGUGUUCAUUAUGUUUCGUUGCGCCUUUAGCAAAGUUUUUGUUUUCUCUAGGAUUUUACCAAACCUUAUUUUUCUUUAAUUGAUAUUAUCGAGACUAGCACGAUCA